AUGAGUCCAAUAAUCCAAUUAUUCAGACGCAAAUCUCCUCUUCAAGAGAAACUUGCACAAAUAGUGAAGUUACCACACUCAGUCCUUGUUACCAUUCCCGCGGGAACGCCACCUCCAGGGGUUCAAUCCUUUUCUGAAAACCCAGAGACCUUACAACCGGUCAUUAUCGCAGUGUGUAGUCUCUUCUUUGCUCUUAUGUUAAUAUGUUGUGGGAUUCGUACGUGGACAAAAUUUAUGAUUAUGCGACCUGUGAAACUGCGCUGGAACGAUUUGACCUGGCUUCUUGCCUUGCUCGCCUCCAUAAACUCUUAUGUAAUUACCAUGAUAUCUGUCACUGGUCUGGGAACUGUAGGAUUGCAUACAUGGGAUUAUUCACUCGCUAGGUUGUUCACCAAUUACAACGGAGUUGGAUUCAUUGUACCUACCUGGAAUACCCCUUUGGCUUUCGGGCUCGUAAAGCUUACGAUUUGGCUCACCUAUAUCGAAAUAUUUACCUCUAUGCGUUGGGUUAGAAUUUGUUGUUAUAUUGGUGCCGCCAUAACCUCUCUUUGGUAUUUUCCAGUGGCCAUUGCUACACUUGUUUGGACAACCCCGCCGCAUGGCGAGAACUUCGUAUACAGCUUAAUCUCGGAUGGAAUAUUCACCACUCAGAAAUUGACUAUUCCUAUAGCUGCUGUUGGCUUAGCACUUGACGUUUUCCUGUUUGUUAUACCAUUACUCGCAGUAAGCAAAUUACAUAUGGCAACAAAAAAGAAGUUGGGAGUAGGAUUGAUAUUUGCUACUGGAGCAUUAGCCAUUGUGGCUUCAAUCUUGAGUAUCAUUUACCGCGUUCGACUCAAUCAGGUAUCUGGAUUGGAUAACACAUGGGCUUUAGUACCCGUAUUUAUCUUGACCCUCGCAGAAUUGUUUAUCGGCAUGAUUAUUGCUUGUACUUGGCACAUGUCAAAAUUCUUCCGUACAUAUGACCGGCAGUUUGGAAAAUUGGGCUCGAAAAUUGCAUUUAUUUUAUGCUUCAGAUGCGUGAGGAGGUCCAAGGGAAGAAAAGAAUCCGAGAAAUCCAGUAGAGGCGGUGAGGGUUCCGAAACAAACGUGGAAUUAGUCAACACAGAACGGCGUAAGAAGCAACCUAAACUUUAUCCUAAUCUUGACAUGACGAAUUUCAAUGCAACUAUACUUGAGGAAGAUUCAAAUGAAGAUAAAGAGCUUGAGAAUACGAAUCGAGCAGCAAAUCAUUGA